AUCCCUAGUCACAGUGUUUCGCGCGCUUUUCAGAGCAAACUAAAUGCCACAGACGACAAACGCGUAAUUAUAAAAGAUUUGUGUGAGCUGUGUGGUUGGAAAUUAAUUGAAAGUAAUAUAAAGAAUAAAGUAAACAAAGGCCAAACGCAAUGGACAUCGAUGCAGAAGUAGGUCAGGCGUACCACACGGUGCAGUUGUCGACAAAAGAAAUGCUGAAAACCAAUCGACGUCAACAUUAUUGCAAUAUGAUAGAUCUGCUGACAAGCAGCUGCAAAACCUCUGGCCUAGUAAACACCUCAUUCACAAAUGAGGAACUGGUCCAAUUCUGGUUAGGCGACAUUUUGCCCCUGAUGUUUGACACGGAUCGCAGCAUACAGAACUGUGCCGUGGCCGCAUUGGCCGAGGCUCUGGUUGCACUUGACGUCGCCGUUAUACACGGCGCCAAGUGUUGGCCACAGAUACGCAGCGAGUUUGUCAACAAUUAUACGACAAAAAUCGGAGAGAUGCGGGAUGCAAAGAACAACAAUUGGCACAAGAUCUGGACCCUGCUGGUGCAGAUCAUGGACUGUGAACUGCUGCGUGGCUGCACAUACAUCAACAAAUUUCUGGCUGUAGUCGAACUGGGCUUUCGAAAUCCCGACAAUGGCGUGCGAUCCGAGGCAUUCCUCUGCUGGCGCGUCCUCAUCAAGAUCUUUGCUGCCUAUAAUGAGCUAGCGGCAGGCAAACGCUUGCGUCUGCUCCUUAUACCGUUGCGUACCUCACAGUCUCGCUCCUCGCAUGUGAGCAGCAUAAAGGUGCGUGUCUGGUGGUACCUGCUCACCUGCCUGGAUGCGGAGCUGCCCAAAUCCUUUGACAAUGCCGUCGAGUACUUUUUGAGCUUCCUGUUUGGCGGCGGUUCGCGUAGCACAGCCACAGGAUUAGCGCACAGCUAUCAAACAGCGCGGGAACUGGCGCUGCCUUGCCUGGUUGCACUCUGGAACAUGGAACCCAGCUCGGACUCACUGCAGCGCAUGCUCCGCGAACUACGCCUAGAGAUGCUCAGCCAGCCGUCGCCUUUGAUGAAUGUCGAGCUACUGCAGCAGCAUUGGCGUCCCAUGCUGGCUGCCGCUUUUGCCGGCAUCCAGUUACUUUGUGAGCAAGAGAACAGCUCGGAAAUGGAGCAGGAACAGCUGCAUCUGCUGCUGCGCAAUCUGACGCUGGCCAUGCUCCAGCUGCGCGUGUCGCCCUUCAUUGUAGCCUCCUGUGCGGAACUGGAGAAAACGCUGUCUACAGAUGGACGUGUUGUGCGCUCCUUCUUCAAUACGUACGCCGGAGCAGCUGCAUCGCAGGUGCAAUCGCAGCCACAACGUGUGGAUUCCCUCGAAGUGCUGGAAGCCUACCUGAAGCUAUGCCUUAAGGCACGCUCCGAGGUGCCACCAGCCAUCCUGCAGCGCUGCAUCACAAUCAUCUACGCUCCCGAGCAGCUGGAGGCGCACACUACAAGCGAAUUCCGUCUGGUUAGCAAAUUUGCGGAGCUGCUCAUGCAGACCAAUGAUGAGGAGGACUACGAAGCCUUUGGCGUCAAGUUGCACAUCUGGCGCCAGGUUUCGCUGACACUGCUCAACUAUCUGCGUGAGAAUGCCCUCGAAUAUCGUGUGGCCCAGAAUGCAACGCUCUUGGAUAACUGGAUCCUGUGGCCGGUGCAAAGUUGCGCCAGUUUCGCUGGUCGUCGUGCCAACAGCGCCUUCGAUGGCGCCUUCUGUGAUCAAUGGCGGCAACUCAUCAACGCUGGACACAAUGCUAAUGAGCGCAAGAAGUUUGUCACUGAACUGAAGUCGGCGCUGGCCGAUCUACUCAAGAAUAGCAGCAAAGAGGAGCCACUUUUUGCCGAGCUAUUCGAUGCCUAUGUGGGAGCUAUACUCAAGCUGGGCAUCUGCAAGGAUGCGCCACUCUAUAAGGAUGUCUUUGCACUGCUUCAGUCGGUCUUCGAUCGGACAACGUUGUCCCAACAGCUGCUGGAAGGUUGCCUGAAUACGCUACGCAAUCUGAUACUGGAGCUGCGCCAGAAUGAGCUAAUGGUCAUCUUUGAUGCACUGAAACCAACGUUGGUGGCAGCCCUGCAGUGCUGGAACAGGCGCAAGUGCGAGGGCAGCUUCCUCAUUGAAUGGAAGCGGGCGAUACAGGAGAAGUUCCGCAAGCUGGCCAUGAAGAGCAUGGCCAAUCAGCUUAAGGAUCUAUUCAAGGGCGACGAUCUGUUUGUUAUCAUACCCGCUGUGUGGAGCCUGAAUCCUGACAAGCUUACUGAUCGGCAAAAGGAACGCUUUGCCGAGAAGUCGGACAUACCGGCGCUGUACAAUGACAUGAGCCAGUCGCAGGAUUCCUCCAUCAAGCCCUGGACACCCAAGAAGGUGGUCAUUGCCAAGAGCAAGCAAUCCGAAUUGGCCAUCGCCGGCAAGGAGGACAAGGAAACGGAACACGAAACAGAUAAGCAACUGGACAAAGAUGCCGACAUUGUUAUCAUUGAUGAAUCACCGCCCCUUGAACCGGCCACGCCCACACGACGACGUCAAACCACAGAAACAAUCAGCACAGAGUCCAACAGUACGGAAAAGUACAAUUUCCGAAAACCACGCACGCAAAUCGAUGACGAGGCAACGAACAAGACAUCACCAGCUCCUGGCGAGGAAACACCCACUCGACAGACGCGCAAACGUGCCGCACAAAAGGAUAACAAAGGCGAGCAGGCGGAGAAACUCCGUUCACCCAAGAAACCAGCGGCAAAUCCGCAGGCAACAACUGCAGCAGCUGUCGGCAAGGUCAAGGAAGUGGCAAAACCCACCCCUGUGCAGAGCGAGGAUCUCUUUGCUGAAUUAUCAACCCCGUUAGCAGCAAGUGGACAGGUGCUGCCAGAGCAGGCCAAGAAAACGGCAAGUGUGCCGGAAACACAUCUGAGUGUCACACCUGAAUUGGUGGCCAGCACUCAGGUGGCGUCUGAGCUCAUCAGCGAUCCUCCCUUGCCCAUAGUAGAGACUUCGCCAAGAAAGAACACUCCGCGAUUAUGCAAUUUGAACUCUCCGCCGGAUCGCAAGCAGACAAACAACUCGACGAGUCCAACGCUGCGUCCAAAGCCAUCAGCACAUCUGACGGGACGUGGAGCGCAGUUGAUUAAUAUGAUACGCAACAAGAAACUGGAUGCUGGUUCAAGUUAUGCAUUCUCGGCAUCCGCGUCCUCAUCGGGUGCUUUGAGUCGCAGCCAAGGAACGCCGGCACGAGUCAUUGAUCGUUCCGAGCUGGUGUCGACGCCCACGUGUGAGCUAAACGAGCUGGCCAUGGAGCACACCUCGACACCCAUUCAACAGGCCAAGGAACUGUUGAUAUUCUCGAAACGAUUGCCCUCACCCUCGGCCAGUCCGUCGGCAUCCAUACUGAAGCGGAAGCUGCGCUGUGAGAGCGUCGAUGAUUUCGAGUCGCCGGCGAUGAAGAGGAAACGCGUCAGCUUCCAUGAUCCGCCCGUGUCCGUGACAAAGGAGUAUCUACGCGAUACGGACGAGACGCGCAGCAGCAAGCCAAAGCGUUGUCUGCUCCCGGACAAGGAAAAGGACAAGGAAAGAGUCGGACAGGGACAAGGAACAGGACAGACUUCAGAAGUUAGGUCAGCGCUAAAGCGACGUGGUCGACUGGACAGCAUCAUUGAGAUUGAGAAGUUUGCACACGAACAGACGGCCAGGAGUGCUGAUAAGUCAAUGGACAAGAGCAACACUGAUGCUGCCAUCGAGGAUGAGGCCUUUGACACGCUCAAAUGGAAUGACACCACCACCACGACGACAACAACAACACACAACAACAGCAGCAGCAGCCACGUACCGGAGAAGCAUCUGGCGGAUAGAGAUGUGGCAACAGCAUUGCCACCCCAGGAUCUGGCCAUAUUGGAUGCAGAUGCCUCAUUGGAUCUGGUUGCAGAGCAAUGCUCGCUGGAAUCCGUGCUGGAGCGCUACUUUGCCAAAUCGAAUAGCUCCAACCUAAAGAGUUCCCACAUUCUGGCCAAGUUCUUGUCAAAUCAAAUGAACAGCAAUGAUAAGGUGAAGACCAGUGUGCUGGAAACGCUCUCGGAGAAUCACUCCAAGGAGUUUCUGGAUCAUGCGGUGCGCGAGAAUCUCUCCUCGGUGGUAUGCGAUCGCCUUAAUCCCAACUCCGUGCUGGAGUACAUCUGCGCCAAGUCGAAGAUCAACAACAGCUGCCGGAGCAAUCUCCUGGCCCAAGUGCCAGCCAUGAUACGCCUAGAAGCGGAGCGUAUGAGUCUCCUCCAGCAGCUGCUACAGCAGUGCAGUCUCAACGAUGACCAGCUGCUCGAUCUCAUUGCCCAGCUGAUGCAUUUGCGCCAAUCUCGUGGAGAUCGCAGCAGCUGCAGCAUUGCCGGCAGCGCCAAUGACAAUGACAAUGUGGCCGAAACGGCCGCCGACUCAUCCUCCAAUCUGUGAGUCAAUCAAUUUACCUGAUGAAGGUAUUAAUUAAUUAUAUAUAUGUUCAAUUCAAUUAUCGUUGGCCAUGAUCAACUAUUGUUGAUCAAUUGAUCCCCCAAUUUUAUGCUCUAGUUUAAGUUUUAUAUUUUAAGAUUAUCACCUAUUUUUUAAAACCACCUUUGUGGCUUUUCUUGAUAUGAUUUACAAAAAAAUACAAAUACACGGAAUUAUAUUUAAACCAAAA